AUGGCGCAGAUGUUGGUCCUCGCCGUGGUGGCUUGGCUACUCAAAGACUGCCUGGCGGACAAGAGUGGCUGUGGCAGCGGGCCCUUCUUUAUGCGGCCUCCCUUCAACGAGAAGCACAGCACAGACGUAUGCAAGACCUGCAUUACCUCUGCCGGAAACUGCCAAUGGUGCCCUUUUAGCCAAAGCUGCGGGCACAAGCGGUCUUGGGGACGUUCGGCCUCAUGCAUGAAUGAUGGGGAGUAUAAACCUGUAGAUGCAGGCAAUGGCUGUGGACAGACCCCUCCGUGGAUGGAAAUUCUCGACAAGAACUAUGGAGCAUCCUUGGAUAGCACCAACUCAGACAUCAUGCGAUGUCUUCAGGAUCGAGUGGAAAGGUGGAAGGUUGACAAGGCCCCGCAGCUACCGGAGACAUGGGAUGAUGAGAAGAUCUCAGACUUUUCCUGCCUGUCGGCACUUUUGCGAGAGGCAGUGACCAGUAGUUUGGGGAGCUCUCAGUCAAAGACCAAGUUCUCUGCCCUCAUCAUGAACAGUUCAAUGACCUCUUUGACCAGGGAGACCUGCAAGGCCUGGGUCUACGGUGAGAGCGACUUUGCGCAGCUUCGUCUCAACAAGGCCAGUCCUGGCAGGGCAGGCCCAACGGAUUUGUCUUCAGAGCUCCGAAGCUCCUUUCAAGGUGGACACCUGAGGCCAUCGCCUUUGGGACUCUUUGAUGAGGACAAGCUGAAGGGUAUUCUGACCACCCAUGACCAGAAAUACAUGAUUCACGUCGAUUUCAAUGAACUCAAGAACUUGAAGACCUUGAUUACUGGGAAGGAAGGUGCCAUCAGCUUGAGAGACCACCUGGAAGGAAAUUCCUACUCCCUAGUACAGCGCAUCUACGGCCUGGUGUACAUCAAGAUCUUGGGGGUGAAAGCAUAUUGCUUGGUCAUGAGCAAUGAAGGCUAUGGCCUUGGACUCAAGACCGCAUCCAGCAACGUGGCACGUUAUGACCUCAAGGGCAAGUCCAGGAGUCAGAGCAAAAAGUCAAAGAAUCCCCUGAUUGGGAAGAAUGGUGACUUUGCCGAGCGAGAAGCGAACCAGCUGCCGAUGAAGAAUUGGCAGUGCAAAUCCUUGCGGAAGAAGAUUGCCCCGGACAUUGCUUGGCUUCAAAGUCAUGGCAUGGGAGAUUACAGUUUGUACGCUGAGAUUGCCUCUGGUGGACAGAAUCCUGUGGGCUGCUCCGGCUUGCCAGGAGUUCCCUUGUGUAAUGUGAGGGAGGAGAAGACGACCACAUUAUCCAUCAUCGAUUUCAUGCAGGACAGGCGCUCCUCCUCCGCUGAGAAGUUUGGUUCACAGAUGCUCGAGUUGGUGGACACCAUUUGUCACAUUGACAAGCAAGAAUCAAUGGAGUCCUGGCAGAUUUACUUAAUUGUCGCUUGCUUUGCCACCUUGCUCCUUUGUGGAUCCCUUCUCGGCUGGAAGUACGGCGGUGCCUUCCUCCGCUCCGACCGCCCCCACGAGCUCCGCGACGUGGAGAUGACCGGGCUCGCGACGAGCGGCGUUCCGAGCGGGCACGGCGGCCGCGUGAGUGCAGACACCGCCGAGCGGACCUGGUUUCCCAGCGAGCUGCACAGCACGGAGGACAGCUACUGUCAUGGCGAAGACGUCAUCGUUGGCAUAUACUGUGGGGGUGCACAUUGCGUGAGCAAGAAGCUGGUUUGUGCGACUUACACCAAGGAUGACAGCAAGGAAUGCAUUCCAAGCUGCGACAUUCUGGGCUUGGAAUGUGGGGAUGACGGCUGCGGUGGCUCCUGUGGCACUUGUUCUUCAGAGGAUGAUUCCUUGUCGCCCAUGUGCCGGGGAGAUGUGGGCCGUUGCGUGUACUUUGUUUCGGCUGAUUGGGUCAACAAAGGCAAGAAAAUGACCCCCACCCACUUGGUUUCGACAGGAAUGGCGUGUGCUGGUGAUUUCUGUGGGAACGUGCGGCUGAUUCAGAUGAGUGUUUAUGUCGAUGCAGCUACGGCAGAGAAAUCUGGCUGGAUAUCUGACAACACCGGCCACCGCUGGUUUUGGAACUCUGGAUCUGCAGCAGAUGACCAGGUGGCUGACUGUCCUGAUGGAAUGGCUGUCAGCUACGUGGAGUGUGAUGGAAAGCAUUGCGAUAACUUACGUUUUCAUUGCGCCAAGCCGCUGCAGUGGACACUGGACAUGUCAGAGACACCUGUGGUGACGGGCUGGUUCAGUGAGGAGGAGGGCCGCAAGGACUGCCCGGAUGGCAAAGUGGUGACUGGGGUGGAGUGCAAGGUGGGGUCUUCCAGCGCUUGA